AUGACUGAGCCGAGGUCAACGAUGAUGCGAAACUCGAAACGUUUGCCGCCGGGCAAGACGACGAUCCCAAUGGACAGAAAGAGCCUUUUCUCCGCCAGCAACCUCAGCAAGGCCGCUCCCUUCCUUGCAGCCCUCGAACAACAGCUCUACCAGCCCAUCACCCCUCGGCAGUCUCUCCAGAUCCAGCCCUCCCAGGUAGAAGAAGCAAUGCGGGCCACGCGACGACAACAAACAAACCAAUAUCGUCAUGAUGACGAGAAGUCUGUAUACAACAACUAUUUCGAGGUUCCUUACGAGACAUGCUACUCUCAAGCCGCAGUCGAUGAGAACGAGGACGAGAUAGAGAGAAAGCAGAGAGGAGAAGCAAAGAAAAAAGACGAAGCGCCAAACCUCACGACGGCGCAACGACAAAGGUCCGUUGCGGAGGCGUGCCGCUUUUUGAGGCAAUUCAUCGAGACGAGAUGGGAGAACCAGUUGCACGCGGGAUACAUCAAGAUCCAGUGUGACCUGACAAUGGCCGAGAUGUGGGAACUCGGACGACUCAACAAGUCAGAAGGCUCGAGGGAGUGCCGCAGGCUCGUCAGUGCGCCGGUGAUCCACGACGCGAUCGGAUACGCCCUCUGGUCGGAGCUGUCCCGCACUGUCGGCAAUGGCGGCGCCGUGAUGUUGGCAUCAUCGUCUAGCGAGCCGAGUCUGUCGACAGUGGUUGUCAAAAUGACGGCCGCGGAGGAGGUCGCCGCGCGGAGGGCGAGGUCAACGCGGAGACGAGCCACGGAAGGCGACGCCAUCGCCCGGCAUCCUACGCCUUUCAUAUCUUCGACAUAUUUCUCCAUUACGGCACGCGUAAGGCGCAAGAGCGAACUACAACUGGUCCGACCGCACCAGUUGGCGUGCACAAAGUGCGGAAGCAGGGCGCUGCUGGAGCCCAUGCGUGUUGAUGACCCCUUGUCUGACGACGAGGAUGCUCAGGAAGGAGAAGGAGGUCUCGAGCUUCGGGUGAAGAAACGGAACAGCAUCUCGAGACGGCUGUCUGUCAAGAUGAAUCAGACGCUGGCUAGAUUCGGAGAGGGUCUGGCCACCGGCUACGGAGGCAACGGCGUCAGCCGGGUGUCUGGUUAG